ACACCCUGGUUUAUAUAAACAGGUCUGUGACAUCAAGUUACUCCUAGUAGCUCAUAGUAGCUGAACAGACCCUGCCACUGAAGAUGACGGAACUGCACUAUAGAGGAGCUCACUUCAGAUCUAAAACUAUUUUAUAGUGCUUCUGUAUAUCAUUCAAGUACUGUAGAUGACUCAACAUUGUGGGUCUGAAUGCACGUGGAGCUGAUUAGAGAAACGCACAUUGAGAAAAACAAACAGAAAAUAAAAGAACAUUUGCAAAACAAACAUUUGCCACUGCUCAAAGCACUGAGCAAUUCACUGACCCCACCAACAUCAGUGAAUGUGUUUGGAUCAACUUGGAUUUUACAAAGGAACAAAUCCUUCUAAGACUAACCUCUGAAGUCCUCUGAAGGAAUAGACACUGUAAAAAGUGAUGGUCGUACUACUAUUAAAUGAAACAGACUUGGAUUUUCUAUCUGAAGCUUUAUAGAGCAGCCUGAGAAAAAGAAUGCAACAGUAAAAUUCGUUCUUCAGAUCCAGUAAUACAAGAUGUCAAAGAUCAAGGAACUCUUGCUGAAGACUUUUAAAAACUUAAAGACUGAUGAGUUGAAAACAUUUCAGUGGCAUUUAAGAAAUGGUGUGGACGAUUUUAGCCCCAUUCCACAGUGUGACCUGGAGAAUGCAGAUCGGCCUGCAACAGUGGAUACGUUGGUGAGCACGUAUGGCCCCAGUGAUGCUGUGGAAGCCACACUAGCUGCACUAAAGAAGAUAAACCAGAACCAACUGGCUGAGGAACUGAAAGCUGAGUACAUACAGGGUGAAGGCAGAUAUGACUCACUGUCCAGUACUCUCACUACAGAUACCAUUAAAAGGAACAACUUAAAAGAAAAAGAGAAAAGGUACUUUGUGCUAAAAUUUGCACAACGGCCUGACAGGGCUUCACUGGAAGAAGGUCAUUCGCUUUUACAAGACACCUACACUGACCUCUGUGUGACUAAAGGCUGCACAGGAGGGGUGAACACAGAGCAUGAAUUCCAACAGAUAAAGGAAUCCUAUCACAGAUCAAAAGAUCAAAGUCCUGUCAAAUUCAGUGACCUGUUCCAAGUAUCAUCUAAUCAAACUGCCCCUGGUGCAAAAGUUCUCACAUUUGGAACUGCUGGAGUAGGAAAAACAGCCUCUGUGGAGAAGUUUAUUCUUGACUGGGCUGAGGAAAAAUCCAACCAGGACAUAGAUUUCAUUCUGUUCCUUCCUUUUUGUGAACUGAAUGUGAUCAAAGAUAAAGAGUUCAACCUUUUGGGUCUUGUGAGUUACUUCCAUCGUGAUUUUAAUGGUGCAGAUGUACAGGAGAUGUUAAGAGAAAAUGGCAGGAUGAUAUUUAUUUUCGAUGGAUUGGAUGAAAGCCAAAUUCACCUAGAGUUUAAUCAAGAGAAAAUAUCUGAGAUAACAAAGGAGACCACUCUUGAUAGAUUGUUAGUAAACCUAAUCAAAGGAGAGCUGCUUCCCUCUGCUCUUGUCUGGAUUACCUCCCGUCCAGCAGCAGCUGAUAAGAUCCCAUACAAGUACUUCCAUGAAGUUACAGAAAUCUGUGGUUUCAACAACUUGCAGAAGGAGGAGUAUGUCAAGAAGAUAAUCAGAGAUCAGGAUAAAGCCUGCAGAAUCAUUACACACAUCAGGUCAAGGAAAAGUCUUCACAUACUGUGCCACAUACCCAUCUUCUGUAAUAUCUCAGCCACAGUGCUACUGGAAAUGUUGGAUGCUCCCGCAACUUUGACAGAAAUAUACACACGUUUCUUAGUGUAUCAGACAAAGCAAAAGAAUGAUAAAUACAGCUUAAAGACCAACAGGGACAGUACGGUUGCACUAGUUGAGAGAGACACCACAAAAGUGUCAGACAUAAAGAAACUUGGAAAGUUAGCCUUUCGUCUGUUAAACAAAGGGCAACUUACAUUCUACAAGAAAGACCUGGAUAAAUGUGACAUUGAUGUCGAUGGAGCUUUGGUGCACUCUGGAGUUUGCACUCGGAUCUUUAGCAAAGAUGAGGAGAUUUUCAGCUUUUUGCAUUUGAGCUUCCAGGAGUUCCUUGCAGCUGUAUUUGUGUUCCUUGUAUUUGUAAGUGAUGAACAGGACCCGUGUCGUCAAACCCUGAAGGAAGUGAAAUGGAAAAUUAAACCUAAACUGGCUGAUAAUCUUAAUACAGCAGUUGACAAAGCCAUGGCGAGCAAAAAUGGACACCUGAACCUUUUUCUAUGCUUCCUAAUAGGUCUGCAUUCCAAUCAGAAACUCCUCAAGUUUUUACAGCCAGAACUAGAAAUCAAUAGAGAAAGUCUGGAAGAAACAAAAAAACACAUCAAAAGUACCAUUGACAAAACGACAUCUUCUGAGAAGAUACUCAAUCUCUUCCACUGCAUGAGUGAACUGAAAGACAGUUCCCUGACAAGUGACAUCCAGAAACACUUGAUAUCUGGUGAUAUUACAGAAAAAGAACUCUCUCCCUCACAGUGGGCAGCUCAGGUGUUCAAGUUGCAGAUGUCAGACGAAACUCAAGAUACGUUUGAUUUGAAGAAAUACAGUCCAUCAGACAACGGACUGAGGAGACUACUGCCAGUGGUGAAAAUCACACAAAAAGCGCUGUUGGAUAAUUGUGAUCUCAAUAAGAACAGCUGUAAAACACUUGCAACAGUUUUCAGUUCAACACUAAAAGAACUGGAUUUGAGCAACAAUGACCUGCAGGAUGCAGGAGUGAAGCAUCUCUGUGAAGGACUGAAGAGUUCACACUGUAAACUGGAGGUACUCAGAUUGUCUGGCUGUAUGAUAACAGAGGAAGGAUGUUCCUUUUUGGAAUUAGCUCUGUCGUCAAACCCUUCACACCUCAAAGAACUGGAUCUGACUUACAAUCACCCAGGAGAAUCAGGAGUAAAGAGACUCACUGCCAGGAGAGAAGAUCCACAUUUUAGGCUGAUGACACUCAGGGUGGAACAUGCAGGAGAGAAAAGAAUUGAACAAGGCCCUAGAAAAUAUGCCUGUAAGAUUGAACUGGACCCAAACACAGCACACCGAUAUCUUCAUCUGUGUGAGGGAAACAGAAAGGUAGUGUACACAGAAGAGCAGCGGGCGUAUCCUGAUCAUCCAGACAGAUUUGACACCUUUGAGCAGGUGUUGAGUACAGAGGGACUAAAAGGACGCUGCUACUGGGAGACUGAGUGGAGUGAUGAAGCUGAAAUAGCAGUGACAUAUAAAGGAAUUGACAGAAAGGGAGACACAGAAUCUCAGUUUGGAUGGAAUGAUAAAUCCUGGAGUCUGAUCUUUUCUAAUGACAAGUAUUCGAUCUGGCACAAUCAGGAAAAAAUCCAAUUACCUGACCCACACUUCCGCUCCAACAGAGUAGGUGUGUAUCUGGAUUGGCCAGCCGGCACUCUGUCCUUCUACAGUGUUUUGUCUGCUGGACAGAAUGUGAAAUUUUUUCCUCUUUUUACUUUCCACUCCAGGUUUACUGAGCCCCUGUAUGCAGGCUUUAGAGUUAUCAAUGACUCCUUUUUACGCUUGUGUGAUAUAUAAGUCUGCCUUCUGUGUAGAUAGAAGAAUCUACCAAACACAAAGACAUCACUGUAUGACAAACUGUCAUCUUUUGUGAGGAGGAAAAACAAACAGCUAUUAAAAAAAAGUAUGAUAAUGAAAUAAUACUAAUUUCUGGCUUGCAAUUAGCCAUGCAGUUACUACACAGUGGUUGUUGUUUACAUGCUCUCCACAGUCUUCUAAUCCUUGUUUCAGAUCAUGUUUUAAUGUAUGACAAAAGACUGCAUGACUGUGGGAGGGAAGUAACCUCAGAAAAUGUGCAAUGGAAUUCUGGGAAUUUUGUGCUGUGAUGUGUUUCUUUACAGUUACAAUUUAUUUCUGUAUAGUGUGUGAGUAGAUUGUGGGAUUACUCAUUGACGUUAAGUAUUUUUAAGUAUUACAGAUUUUUAUAGCAAAACUGAUUUAUAUAUCUUUAGGAAAUAAAAAAAAAGAAUAAGAUACAUCUGGCACACAGAGGUGCAAUUUACAAAGCUGGCCACAAAGGGGCAGCAUAGACUAAAGGAAAAAUGACUAGACGUGAUCAGGGUUUCCACUGACAGCAUUUUAAAAUGAUCUCAUUUGGAAUGGUGAUGGUGGUGGUGUUGAUGUUAAAAUCAUUUGUGUUUGUCAUUAAUGCAGUGUUUAACCCUAAUAUUAUGCCUAAAAUGUUCUGUAUAUCCAUAUUAUUUAGGUGCUGGAGACCAGAUACUGUAUAUUGUAAAUACAGUAAAGUAGGAAAAUAUAUCUUGUAUUUUAAUUCAAAUUCAAUUUAUUUCAACUUUUGGUUUUAUUUUUUGUGAUCUAUUUUUGAUUAAAGCUUUAUCAAGCA